AUGGAGACGGAGGAGGAGCUCGUCCCCGAUCCCAAACCGGAGGUCCAGUCCUUGCCGCUGCAGAACGGGGACUCCGACGAGCGCUGCGCCAAGAAGCCCAAGGUGGACGCCGACGCCGAAUUGAAGAGAGUGGCGGAGAUUGUCCUCGUUCUCUCCACCAUGGCCACGGUGCGUGCGGGGAGGAAGCCCUCUGACGCUGAGGUCGAGCUCAUGAGAGAGGCGCGCUCCAAGCUCGCCAGCCUCUGCCAGGGUUUGGCUCCCAAGGAUAUCGUAGCCAGGGAAGCAAUUGGCACCGUCAUCGAGGAUCUUGGAUUGCACUCCAAGCUUAAGGACCAGAGGCUAGGGUUUCGAACUCCCAAGAUGUCCAUUGCCGAGAGGUAUUCCCAUGCUAAGUGGAAGAUGGAGGAAGCAAAGAAGUUUUCUGCACCUUCUACACCUCCCACAGCGCAUACAUCUCAGCCCUUGCAAGCAAAUGUUGGUGGACCUGUUGACAAUCGUGUGCCAUCACAUGUUCGAAUUUUUCCUUCUGAUAAAUCAAGCCAGCCAACAAUCCCUUCUAUGGGUACCGUAGUGUCUAUUCCUCCCCAUGUCUCUGCUGGAUCUUCUGCAGUAUUGCAAUACCAAUCAACAGGAAAUGAAGUAAGACCACCAGUGGUUCCUGGUGCGGUGCCUAGUGGACACUUGGGGAGAAAUUCAUCUUCCAUAGUAUUGCCUAAAGUUGAACAUCCACAGUUCAAAGUUGAUGGAGUAUCAAAUGGGUCUUAUAUGCUACAAGUCCAAGCAAACUCAUCAGUGAACCAACCUCUGGUGAAUGCUCCAACAUGGUCUAUACAGACCCAAGCUGCUUCAUUAGCAAGAACUGCUUCAGAAAACAAGUUGCCUGUCAAGGUUGAAGCAACAUCUGACGUAACUGUAUCAAGGGCAGGGCCUCAAAUGACAACAGACCAGAGCUUUAGACCAUUUAUCACUCAAACGGCUCCUGUAAAUUUGCCUAGUGUGGUCCAGCCAUUGCAGACCACAAACAUUGUUCAGCCUCCUCUUAUUCCUAGUCACACUGAUAUUGCAAAGGUUGUUCAGAAAGUGUUACAACCAAAGCAUCCCAGCCAUCCCACUUGGAUUCCUCCAUCAAGGGAUUAUAUGAAUAAGGCUUUGACAUGUCAGAUGUGUGAGCUCAGUGUUCAUGAGGUUGAUACUGUACUUCUCUGUGAUGCUUGUGAAAAGGGAUUUCACUUGAAGUGCCUGCAGCCCUCAGUUUUGAGAGGAAUUCAUAACAGAGUUGAUUGGCACUGUAUGAGGUGCUUGAGUUUAAGUGGUGGAAAGCCUUUGCCUCCAAAAUAUGGUCGUGUCAUGAGAUCCUCAAACACACCGCCAAAAUUGCCUUCUAAUACUGGUGGUAUUCAACCAUAUUCUGAGAAGAAAGCAGAGAACAUAGAACCAAAUGUCCUGCAGACAGUAACGACGAAUGGGAGCACUGUUCCAACUGUUGCCAGCCGCAAUCACAAUGUUGAACUGCAGUGUGACUCAAAGGUCCCUGAUACCAAAGGUAUUCAAGGGAUUGGCAUUUCCUCCAGCAUUGAAGCUAUUGAUAAAAAGCCUGAUCCAAACAAUUUUACAAAAUCUCCUAGUGCAGCUUCUAGUCCUUCCACUGGGUUGCUAGGUGAAUGCUCUGCUCAACAAAUAAAUUCUAAGGUUUUGAUCAGUAAAGAGAAUUCAGAAUGUGAGUCUCUUCCUCAAUUAUCUGAGCUGGCCAAAUGUGAAAGUUUGCAUUCAUCUCAAGAUUUUCAAGUUGAACAGACAAUGUUAAAAGACAAUGCUGAAGUAUCAUCAGAUAAACACAUUGAUGGUAAUAUUAUGAAUAAUAAUCAGAAGGAAUCUCUUGGAGGAGAAAAUUUAAGUUACGAUAUCAAGCGUGAUGACCAAGAUUCUGCACUUGCAAACUUUGUGGGAAUUGCUGGAACUAAUACUGAAGGUAGACAGCACCCUGCAUUAUCUUCAGAUAGUUCACAUGCUGUAGAAUGGAUUGGUGAUAUAGUACAACUUGUAGAUGAGAAAAAGUUUUAUCAAUCUUGCUAUGUUGAUGGAGUAAUGUAUAGGCUGCAGGGUCAUGCACUUUUCCCCACCAGCUAUGGCAAACUAACCCCUGCUAAACUCCAGUCUAUGUGGGAAGAUUGCCAAACUGGGUUAAAGUGGGUUAAGGUGACAAAGUGCUACUUUCCUGAUGAUUUGCCAGGGAAUAUUGGUCAUCCAUGUAUAUCUGAAGUCAAUGAGGUUUAUGAAUCUAAUAGUGAUAGAACUGAAAUGGCUAGCUCUAUUCGAGGCCCAUGUGAAGUCCUCCCAUCUGAUAAAUUUAAACAAGAAAAUGACAGACGAUGUCAGUUAGGAAUUGUGGAAAGUUCUAGAAUACAGCCCAUUUUCCUUUGCAGGAAGUCUAAAACUGCCGCAAAAUGUGAGAAGAGAGAUGGGCAGCCUGGAUGUCUCUGGUGGGCCAGAUAUGGGAUGUCUUUUGAAAAACCUGCUGAAAGGGGGGGGGGGGGUGAUAGGACCUCAAAAAUGGCACCCUAUGGUGUGCCUGGAGCAGCCUGCUCUGUAAGAAGAGGUAGUGUCUUCUCUGGUGGGGGGGAGAUUUGCAACAAUCGCACAAUUGUGCCACUAUACCGGCUAUUUAGAGACACCGGAUGUGACUUUGGUGCCCAGUGGCUCUCUGUGCUGCCAUUGCACACUAGUAAUUACCUUGGUGGUUUUAUGACGAAUUCAAAAAGUUAUUUCAACCUGGAUGUUAGGGAAGAAAAGCAUCCCAAAGAAACAAAGUGGCAUGAACAUUUUGAGUUGGAGCUUAGGGACAAGAGUGAGAUGCAGAAGGAGCUGAAAAAGGAGGAGGGGGCCAUUAGAGGAAAGUCAGAUGAGAAAGAUUCCAAGUUUUUGGAUUCAGAGGGCGGUAGGUCUCAUAGUGCCUUAGAAAUUCUGAUAUAUAUUGAUGCCUUUUUCACCACCUUUUGGGGCGUGUUGUGA